GAAGUAAACGUCAUUGACACAGGAAUGGGACAGAAAUAAAACAUAACUGGGAGAAUGUCAAAUAUAUUUUUGUAAAAACUACAUUUUACUCAAGAAAAAUAUGAUUAAUUUUGUCCAGGAUGGAAUAGAGGCAUCGAAAAGGGCACUGCCUGCGUAGCGCGUAGCUAAAUGGAGUCGGAGCAGCUCUUCAACAGGAAGGGCUACUACAGGAACAGCUACAACAGCAUCGCCAGCGCCAGCAGCGACGAGGAGCUGCUGGAUGGCACCGGGGUCGUCAUGGACUUCCACACCUCCGAGGACGACAACCUUCUGGACGGAGACGCCACCUCCCCAGGAUCUAACUACGUCAUGUCUAACGGGGGUGGGGUGGUGAGUAGCACCACCCACCUGCUGGACUUCCUGGAGGAGCCCAUCCCAGGGGUCGGCACCUAUGAUGACUUCCACACCAUCGACUGGGUCCGGGAGAAGUGCAAAGACCGGGAACGCCACCGCAAGAUCAAUGCUAAGAAGAAGGAGUCAGCAUGGGAGUUCACCAAGAGCCUGUAUGAUGCCUGGUCUGGGUGGCUGGUGGUGACGCUGACAGGACUGGCCUCAGGUGCUCUGGCUGGUCUGAUCGACAUCGCUGCUGAUUGGCUGAACGACAUCAAGGAGGGGGUGUGUCUGAAUGCCAUGUGGUUCAACCACGAGCAGUGCUGCUGGGGUUCCAACGAGACCACGUUCGCUGAGAGGGACAAGUGUCCUCAGUGGAAGAGCUGGGCGGGGCUCAUCCUGGGCCAGGAAGAGGGCCCUGGUUCCUACAUUAUGAACUACUUUAUGUACAUCUACUGGGCUUUGUCUUUCGCCUUCCUGGCUGUGUUACUGGUCAAGGUGUUCGCCCCCUACGCCUGUGGCUCCGGUAUACCUGAGAUAAAGACCAUUCUGAGUGGGUUCAUCAUCCGGGGUUACCUGGGGAAGUGGACCCUGCUGAUCAAGACGGUGACCCUGGUGCUGGCUGUAGCGUCUGGGCUGAGCCUGGGGAAGGAGGGACCCCUGGUCCAUGUGGCCUGCUGCUGUGGAAACAUUUUCUCAUACCUCUUCCCCAAGUACAGCAAGAACGAGGCCAAAAAGAGAGAGGUCCUAUCUGCAGCGUCAGCGGCUGGGGUGUCUGUCGCUUUCGGUGCUCCCAUAGGAGGAGUACUCUUCAGCUUGGAGGAGGUGAGUUACUACUUCCCUCUGAAGACGCUGUGGCGCUCCUUCUUCGCUGCGUUGGUGGCAGCCUUUGUCCUCCGCUCCAUUAACCCGUUUGGCAACAGCCGUCUGGUCCUGUUCUAUGUAGAGUACCACACCCCCUGGUACCUGUUUGAGCUUAUCCCCUUCAUCCUGCUGGGGGUGUUUGGGGGUCUCUGGGGGGCCUUCUUCAUCAAAGCCAACAUCGCCUGGUGCCGAAGGAGGAAGUCUACCCGCUUCGGGAAGUACCCCAUCCUGGAGGUGAUCUUCGUGGCGGCCAUUACCGCCGUCGUGGCAUUCCCCAACCCGUACACGCGACAGAACACCAGCGAGCUGAUUAAAGAGUUGUUUACCGACUGCGGACCCUUGGAGUCGUCCCAGCUCUGCCAGUACAGGAGUCAGAUGAACGGGAGUAAGGCGUUUGUGGAUGCAUCUCCCAACAAGCCGGCGGGGCCCGGGGUGUACGCAGCCAUAUGGCAGCUGUGCCUGGCGCUCAUCUUUAAGAUCAUUAUGACCAUAUUCACCUUCGGACUUAAGGUUCCGGCUGGCCUGUUCAUCCCCAGUAUGGCCAUCGGGGCGAUCGCCGGGCGUAUCGUGGGCAUCGCCGUGGAGCAGCUGGCGUACUACCACCACGACUGGUUAGUGUUCAGGGAGUGGUGUGAGGUAGGCACCGACUGCAUCACCCCGGGACUCUAUGCCAUGGUGGGGGCCGCAGCAUGUCUGGGUGGUGUAACACGGAUGACCGUGUCUCUCGUGGUCAUCGUGUUUGAGCUGACGGGCGGCCUGGAGUACAUCGUGCCCCUCAUGGCCGCCGUCAUGACCAGCAAGUGGGUGGGCGACGCCUUCGGGCGCGAGGGCAUCUACGAGUCACACAUCCGCUUGAACGGGUACCCCUUCCUCGACGCCAAGGAAGAGUUCACACACACCACGCUGGCGCGGGAGGUGAUGCGGCCGCGGCGUAGUGAUCCGCCGUUAGCGGUGCUGACGCAGGACGACCUGACGGUGGAGGAACUACAGGGGAUCAUCAGCGAGACCAGCUACAACGGCUUCCCUGUCAUCGUCUCCAAGGAGUCCCAGAGACUGGUUGGCUUCGCCCUGCGCAGGGACAUCACCAUUGCUAUAGAGAACGCACGGCGGAAGCAGGAGGGUAUCCUGCUGACUUCGCGGGUCUACUUCACGCAGCACGCCCCCACGCUGCCCGCCGACAGCCCGCGGCCCCUCAAGCUGCGCUCCAUCCUGGACAUGAGCCCCUUCACCGUCACCGACCACACGCCCAUGGAGAUCGUGGUGGACAUCUUCCGCAAGAUGGGCCUCCGCCAGUGUCUGGUGACACACAACGGGAUUGUAUUGGGCAUCAUCACUAAGAAGAAUAUAUUAGCGCAUCUGGAGGAGCUCAAGGAACACACGGAGCCCCUGGCGUCUCCUUGGUAUUAUCACAAAAAAAGAUAUCCUCCGUCAUAUGGCCCAGAUGGCCAACCAAGACCCCGACAACAUAAUGUUCAACUAGUCACCUCCUUCCCGGGUCGUCACGACGACGAAAGCGAGGAGGAGGAGGUGUUACACCUACUGUAUGGCCUUGGCUCCACCCUAUGACACACAUCCCCCCCGGGAAACCCCAUCCCUAAGCCCCCUCAAUACUAAACCAGACUGACUGAACCCCACAGAGCCCUCUAGUGGCCACGGGAAGGAAGAGACACUCUAAAAGGACAUUAAAAAUGGCUGCUGUGAAGGAUGUUUAGGCCCCAAAGUAGCAGCUACUACAGGCUGGGGCAUAUAUACACAAGGAAUGCACUUUUAACACACACAUCCAUUUACAUACAUACAGAAGACACAUGAGGUCAGACUCACUCAUACACAGAUGCCACACAAGCAUGCCACUAGCCGAAUUGCACCUCCUUCAAACACACACACACGCUCUCUUCAUGCUCCUUCAUCCCUGUCCUGUUUCUAUUGGCUCACGCUAGCGGACAUUGCUGUGGGCCUGAAGCCUGGCUACCAGGGUGAGAGGUAAGAGGUCAGAAUGAUCCGCUAGAACGCGAGGAGGGACCUUCAGACACCUCGACUGCUGAUUGGCUGUCAGCCCUGUCUGUCAGAUGCCCUGCCAGGCUCCGCCCCCACUAUCUCCCUCACUCCACACCCCGUCCGUCUUCGAAAGCAUUGUUUACCUGUGAACUCUGAGCAAGACAAUGCAUGUGUUUGUUUCACCUUGACGUUCCAAUCAGGUUGUCAUAGUAUCCCGAAACGACCCCCCCCUCCCCCAAAGGCAACCGCCUGAUAUUUGACUGGCCGUUGCUCCAAGGUGUAUAUGUGGGUGCGUGUGUGAGAGGAAGGAAAAUUAAGGGUACAAGCAGGAUGUACUGCAGUAGUUAGUUAACGUCUGAGUGUUGUAGUUCAAGAACAAAAUGUCUCUUUCUGAUGUAUGUGAAAACGUGCUGUACAGAAGAGUCUGAUACUCAUCGGUUACAUACCCUCUGUUGACGUAAAGGGUGAAUAACUGUGCGGUGUGUGUACCUUUUUGAUCUGAGCCAGGUGGGCGUGAGUAUCAGAUGAGGAAAGACUCGUCCGUUUCUCCGACAGUGAAGGUGGGCAGUGUGUAUAUAAAAAAGCUAAACUAACUCGAGGUCGAGUUCUGUUACUGGAGAGAAAAAAAAAAUCAUUUUUUCUCUUCAAACUAUUACUAAUGCUACUACUUUUAGAGUAUUGAUAUCUACAUAAUCAAGUAACUUUUUACGGCUUGUAAUGAAACAAACUCAAGACUGGAAAACCACUUUUUUUUUUAAGUGAACAAAAUAAAUGGUUGAUUAUGAGGAUGUUGAUGGUAAUACUGCACAGUAACCAUGUCUUAGAUAUUUUACUUUGCUUAAUUAAGCUGCCUCAUUGGUGUGUGAGAAAUGUGUCUUGUAUUUUCCACUAGAGCUUAAUAUUUUCUUGCAUAUCUCCUCCUCUGCCCAGUCGUCAAGUACAUCAAUUCAACAUUAAUUAUUCUUUGCAUUUGUAGAUUUAAAACAUUUUAAAUAAACUUCCAGCACUCCAUGGGUUGCUAGGCCAAAUGGCACCCUGUUUCCUAUAUAGUGCACUACUCUUGAACAGGGCCUGGAUCAUAAGUAGUGCACUAUAUAGGGAAUAGGGUGCCAUUUGGGACGUCAAGCAAUUUUUCAUUCUCAAAAGCAUGAAUUGAAAGGACUGAAAUUGGAGUUACAUUUCAUAUAACAUUCAAUUGACCAUACCAAGUUUUUGGAGUCGUGCCAAUAACUCCUUUAAACUUCAAUAAAGUCUUGUAUAUUGACUUGGAGACAUGUAGAAGCGCACAGUACACCCUCCAUGUGCAAACCUAGACUCAUGAAAAAAGAAUAUAGGAUCAUAUAUCUGAUUCACCCUUUAAUGUGUGGUCCACCACACAGGAAGCAGUGACCACAAAAUGUGUGCGCCAGCCAAAGGAGUCCUCUUUCUCCCUGGCUUUGUUUCCAUGACAAUAUGCAUAGAGUAGCACUUUACCUGCUGAGUGAAGGCUAUGGUGUGUCCCAAAUGGCACCUUUUUCCCUAUAUAGUGCACUACUUUUGACCAGGGUUCUGGUCAAAAGUAGUGCACUAUAUAGGGAAAAUGGUGCCAUUUGGGAUACAGCUUAAAGCGUGUGUAGGCGGCUGGGCAGGUGGUGACUACUCUCUGCGUAUCUCUAUUGCAGUGACAGUCUUAGGUUAUAUUCAUUAGGCAUCAAACAUAAAACAGACAGAGGGACUAUUUGGACCUUUCAAUUUCUUUUAAAACGUUUUCAAUUGCGUGCCCUAAUGCAGGGUUUCCCAAACUCUGUCCUGGGGCCUCCCCUGGGUGCACGUUUUGGUUUUUGGCCGAGUUUGGGAAACCCUGCCCUAAUGGAUACGACCCUGAUCUAACUGUCAGUCUUUGUUAACCGAUGUGGUGUCAAACAGUUUUCUUCUCUUCAUACUCAUCUCAAUGUUUUUCCUUUUUUUAUUUAUGGUAGUUAGUUGUACAUUAUUAAUACUUUUAUGAUUACAUUGAUGGUUUGAUUGUACAUUUAAAACAAUAUGUAAAGAUUUAAAUUAAAAUAUUGCAAAUUG